UUAUUGAGCAUUUAUUUUUCCUUCUUUCCUUUUAGUUUUUGAUUCUUCAAGUUUUCAUUACAUGAACACAAGAUCUUCGCUUUGCUCUGUCAGAAUCCAAACCUGAAAUCAAACUUAAGAGCAAAAGAAAAACCUGAAACCAAAGCAUCUCCAUAGGUUUCUUGGUAUUACAAUCUCUGUUCUAAGUUCUUGAAAGCUCCCAUUUUGAGCAAAGAACUGAAAGCUCUACCACAGGCAAAUAAAAAAGGAAAAGCCUGUUACUUUUUCUUUUUCAGCAUCUGAUUCUUACAAGUGUCGAGGCUUUUCGAUAUUAACUCCCAUGUGGUGAUGCUAUAAGAAUCUUAUGCUGGUAAUAAUCUGAACAUGGAUAAGGCAUCUCCAGAUUGUCCGUACCCCGGGUGCUUUUUCUGUGUCAUGAAGGAAGGAAACCCGAGCAAGCGCAGAGCCAGUAUUCUGAAAUUCUUUCGAGAUCUUCCUUCACAAGAUGAUGAUGGUCAAGUUCUUCCUAUCAGUGGCCUUUGGAAUACUGCUAUGGCACAUCCUAAUGACCCUGAAUUCAUCGAGUUAGGGAUUUUUGAGUGUAUGUCUGCUCUAAUAUGGAAGGGUCUCAAGAACCGCCGCUGGCUUUCUCAUGACCAAAAUAUAUACAUUCCUUAUUAUGCAGCACAUAUUAUUGGAUCCUACACCAUGAACAUGGAAGAGUUUGCGGAAAGUGCAGUGCAUGCUGGUGUAAUUCCUCCCUUAGUUGAGCUUUUGAGAGGGAGGUUGACUUGGGUUGAACAAAGAGUGGCAGUGCGAGCUUUAGGACACUUGGCUACAUAUACGAGCACUUUUCCUUCUGUAGCAAGUCACGGAGAAAUUCUUGAGGUCGCCAUUCAGCUAGCAAUGAGUUCACUGGAAAUAGUUUACUCUCACUUCUAUCAGUAUGUUGAUAGAAGGUUAAGUUAUCACUGCGAUCUGCUUACUCGUGGCAUGGGUGGUGUUGAAAUGGAGUCAAGAAAAGCUGAAGAAUGGGCUAGUCAGCUUCAAUGUUGGUCCCUUCAACUCAUUAAUUGCUUCGCAUUCAAACCUGAGUUUCUUCCCACCAUAUGCAAACCUGAAUUUCUUGUAAAACUACCGGGAAUGUGGGGUGGACUUGUUAAUGAAAACUCACCUGCUGGUAUUGGUUUGUUAAGAACCAUCUGUCAUCAUAAGAUUGGUAGGGGAUCUGUUGCCAGCUGUCCUGGCAUUAUCGAAGCGUUGGUUAAUAUUGCUUGCUCGUCUGAUGAUUGGCAGUAUAUGGCAAUUGAUUGUCUUCUUUGGUUGCUUCAAGAUCCAAGCACAUGUCAUAAGGUGAUCGAUAAGGCAGUACCUGCUCUUGUAGACCUUGCAGAGAUUACGACUCUUGGUGAUCACAAAAAGCUUGGAGAUACCAUUGUUAAUGUUCUUCAGGAAUGUCUUCAAUCCCAAGGGACGGGACGGAGCUCUGUCAGCAACCGGACAAAAGAGCUAAUUGAAGAACUAUUGAGUUCAAGGCAGAGAUUGAAGUGGGAAAAGAAUAUACCAAAGGAGGAUCUCCACAUUAAACAGGCUGCUGCUUUAGUGGUCAAGCUUGAAGGAAACUCUCUUUUCUCAUCAGGCAAUAUAGCUGGAGCUGCAUCGAAGUACUCAGAAGCAUUAUCGUUAUGUCCGAUGAGAUCCAAGAAAGAGCGAGUUGUUCUCUACAGUAAUCGAGCUCAGUGUCAUCUUUUAUUGCAGCAACCCUUGGCUGCCAUAAGUGAUGCUACACGUGCAUUAUGUCUUCAUAACCCAUUGAACUGUCAUGCCAAAAGCCUAUGGAGAAGAGCUCAGGCUUAUGACAUGCUUGGUUUAGCUAAAGAGAGUUUGCUAGAUGCCAUUCUCUUCAUAAAUGAAUGCUCGCAAUCAAACGACCCCGAUCUCUCGUUGAGGCAAAAUAAGGUUCCUGAUUAUGCGGAACGAUUAGUCAAGAAGCAGAUGCGUGCAGCUUGGUUAUUUAGAGAGGCAGCUAUCAAACUCGGGGGUGUGCACUGUGAGGGUGAUGCAGGUGACAUGUAUGGCCAAGAUACCGAUGACUCCGAGUGGGAAACAGCUAGCGAAAGUGAUAUAGGAAAUGAUGGAAGGGAUGAAAUGGGUGAUGAGGACGACGAUGAUAGUGAAUGGAAGAAUGAAGAUGAAAGGAAAGCUAAAUUCAAGAAACCCUCAAUGAAAGACAUAAAGCAUGGAUUCAACGUACAACUCACCGAAGAUGAACCGUGAACUGUUGAAGGACCAACAGCAUUGAUGUAGACAGUGUAGCGAACCAAAGCAACCGUGAUAUAUGUUUCGGAUUUAUUAUUUCGUGUUGCAGAGCUAUAGCCUAGUCACGUUUAGAAGUUGGUGUCACAUCUAGCUCAGUGACGAAGCAAGUUAGAGGUGGUGAAGCUUUGGUUUUGGUCAUUUUCAUUUAGAGAUAAAAGAACUUUGUUUUGCAAGCAUUUCUUAUUUGUUUUUUUUUUCUUAUUUCCUAUUGAUUUUGGUAAUGUUAAUUUCAACUGUAGAAAGCGAGAGUUUGGAGUGUAGAGAACCAUUUUGUUUGCAGGGUGUGAUGAAGCUUUUGUGAGAAAUCUUAUGCUCCUUUUGUAUAUAAAAACCCUUGAAGGGGGGUUUUUGACAUUGAACUAUCAUCAUAUAUUUGAAUCAUAGUUUGCCUUUUUAUGAUAA